AUGACAUUCUAUUCAGCAUGUUCUCUUGCAAUUUUGGCCUCAUUUCUAGCAACACUAGCAGUGGGCUCUAAUGCUGGUGGGAUUUCAAUUUAUUGGGGACAAAAUGGAAAUGAAGGAACUUUAUCCGACACUUGUAGCACAGGAAACUACGAAUAUGUAAACAUAGCUUUUCUUUGGACAUUUGGCAAUGGGCGUACACCAAGGAUGGACUUAGCUGGCCACUGUGAUCCCUAUAGCAAUGGAUGCACCAAAUUAAGCUCUGACAUCAAAUCAUGUCAAGCAAAAGGUGUCAAAGUUAUGCUAUCUAUUGGAGGUGGGAUAGGCAGCUACUCCAUUGCCUCCAAGGAAGAUGCUCAAGAAGUUGCUACCUACCUAUGGGACAACUUUUUAGGAGGAGAAACAACUAGUAUUCGCCCACUUGGCAACACGUCAUUGGAUGGAAUAGAUUUUGACAUAGAAUCAGGCGGAAGUCAACACUGGGAUGAUCUUGCAAGGUAUCUUUCAGCAUAUAGCACCAAGAGUAAGAAGGUGUACUUAACUGCAGCCCCACAAUGUCCUUACCCUGAUGCAUGGUUAGGGGGUGCCCUUCAGACUGGUCUGUUUGACUAUGUUUGGGUUCAGUUUUAUAACAAUCCUCCUUGCCAGUAUUCUGCGAAUAUUAGUAAUCUUGAAGAUGGUUGGAAGCAGUGGACUUCUGACAUCCCGGUGUCCAAGAUUUUCUUAGGACUACCCGCUGCAUCUGAAGCAGCUGGAAGCGGUUUUAUUCCUGUCAAUGAUCUUACUUCCAAAGUGCUUCCAGCAAUUAAGAGUUCGCCUAAAUAUGGAGGUGUGAUGUUAUGGUCUAAGUAUUAUGAUGAUCAAACUGGAUAUAGUGCAUCCAUUAAGAAAUAUGUAUGA